AUUCCACUUUCACUUGCAUGGGCCAUUACAACACACAAAUCGCAAGGGCUGACUUUACCGAAAGCUGUCAUUGAUAUUAGCAAAAAAGAAUUUGCUGCUGGAUUAUCUUUUGUAGCUAUAUCAUGCGUCCGUUCACUUUAA